ACGUCAUGAGUGAAAAGUUGUUUCGCUGCUGUCUUUCAUAGAGAAAAGAUCAAGUUUCUACUGUGCCUGAAGACAGACAACAUUUGACGAAGAACGUCGGCAAAAUGGGUGUUCAAAAAUCCGAUCUCACGUUCGAGGAGGUAAUGGGAUGUAUGGCCGCAUGCUUCGAGUGGGCAGACAGUUAUGAUUCCAAAGACUGGGAAAGACUACGAAAGUGCAUUGCGCCAAAUCUCCGAGUCGACUACCGCUCCUUCCUCGACAAAAUGUGGGAAGCAAUGCCCUCAGACGAAUUCGUAAUCAUGGCCUCCAACCCCGCCGUCCUCGGCAAUCCGCUCCUCAAAACCCAACAUUUCAUCGGCGGCACCAAGUGGGAGAAAGUCUCGGACGAUGAGAUUAUCGGUUGGCACCAGCUGCGCGUGCCGCAUCAGAAGUACAAGGAUGCGACGAUGAAGGAAGUUGCUGUCAAGGGCCAUGCUCAUAGCACGAAUCAGCAUUGGUAUAAGAAGGUUGAUGGCGUAUGGAAGUUUGCGGGCCUGUCGCCGAAUAUUAGGUGGAGUGAGUAUGAUUUUGAUAAGGUCUUUGCGGAGGGGAGAGAGACUUUUGGUGAAGAGGAGGAGGUGAGGCCUGUUGAUGCGAUGGUUGCUCCUGUGCCGGCUACAGUGCUACCACAGACGGUUGUUUAACGAGUCCGGUAAAAUAGUAAUUGC